UGGGUCGGGACGUUUCCUCGCGUCCCAGCCGUCCGUUGCUCCGCACGUGUCGAUUGCUUUGCCCGUGGAGGAAGAAAGGAGUGUAGGUUGAGGCAUAUCAUCAAACACAAGAAAAGCCCCUCUCGAGAACACCCAUCACCACCCUUGGACCCUCGCACCAUCGCUUCAUAUGGGGAUCUUCUCCGGCUUUGGUUAUCCUCUCGCCCAUUUGCUCCUAUUCUUAUCCUUCUUCUUGGCGGAGUCUCGGGAUUUCCUCUCCGAUCAGCAUCGUGGCAACAACGCCUACCUUACCAGAGAUGAACACUGGUUUAAUCAGACCCUCGAUCACUUCUCCCCCACGGACCAUCAUAAAUUCAGGCAACGGUUUUAUGAAUUUCUUGAUUACUACCAAGUUCCUAAGGGGCCAAUAUUUCUUAAAAUUUGUGGUGAAUCUGCAUGCAAUGGGAUUGUCAAUGAUUAUACAUCUGUACUAGCAAAGAAGUUUGGUGCUGCUAUAGUUUCUCUUGAGCAUCGAUACUAUGGAAAGAGUUCCCCUUUCAAGCAACUGACGACAAAUAACCUGAGAUUUCUGUCCUCAAAACAGGCUUUAUUUGACUUGGCUGUUUUCCGUCAGUAUUACCAGGAAUAUUUGAAUGCAAAAUAUAAUAUAUCAGAAACUGAGAAUCCUUGGUUUGUUUUUGGUGUUUCAUAUUCUGGAGCACUCAGUGCUUGGUUCCGUUUGAAGUUCCCUCAUCUAACUUGUGGGAGUCUUGCAAGUUCAGGAGUUGUUCUUGCAAUUUACAACUUCAAAGAGUUUGACCAGCAGGUUGGAGAUUCUGCUGGUGCUGAAUGCAAAGCUGUGCUUCAAGAAAUAACCAAUCUUGUUGAUGAAAAACUUCAAUCUGAUGGAAAAUCAGUAAAAAAAUUAUUUGGUGCAGCUAAGCUUCAAAAUGACAAUGACUUCUUAUACCUAUUGGCUGAUGCUGCAGCAAUAGCAUUUCAGUAUGGAAAUCCUGACGUUCUAUGCUCUCCUCUUGUUGAUGCCAAGAAGAAUGGAAGUAACUUAUUGGAAGUAUAUGCUAACUAUGUGAGAAAUUAUUAUCUUGGAAAAUUUGGUGCAUCACUUGAAUCUUAUGAUCAACAGCAUUUAAAGAACAUAACUCCGGGUGAAAAUAGUGCUGAUCGACUAUGGUGGUUCCAAGUUUGUACUGAGGUUGCAUAUUUCCAAGUGGCACCAAAGAAUGGUACUGUUCGUUCACCAAAUAUUGAUACAAGGUACCAUUUGGAUCUUUGCAAAAACAUCUUUGGAGAAGGGGUGUAUCCUGAUGUAGAAAUGACCAACAUAUAUUAUGGGGGCACAAGAAUUGCUGGUUCGAAGAUAGUGUUUACUAAUGGUUCACAAGAUCCUUGGCGCCAUGCUUCUAAGCAAAAAUCAUCAGAAGAUUUGCCUUCCUACUUGAUCAAAUGUCAUAAUUGUGGACACGGUAGCGAUCUUAGAGGAUGCCCUCAGUCUCCUUUGAACAUUGAAGGUAAUGCGGAAAAGUGCACAUCUCCUGAAGCUGUACAAAAAGUGAGACAACAGAUUAUACAACAUAUUGACUUGUGGCUCUCACAAUGUCAAGCUACAGGACCUGGUGAUGAUGAACCUGCACUGAGGAUGACUGCGAGUUCCUGAUUGCUUGCCCAAGUCGAAAUGAUUUUGGUUUUUCAAUUUAUCAUGACUGAUGAAUUGAAGAUAUCGGGCAGUAAAUGUUCUGAAAGGACUAUAUAGUUUGCUAAAUACUUGAAAAAUUCAUAGUGUGGUUGCCAAAUAGGCAAAGUUGUAUCCAUCACGUAUCCCUUCACCUGCUUUGUAGUCCCAGGGAAGCCGCCUUCUUGGCUUUGCUACUCUUGCCCUGUAAUCACAGUACUAAACAAAUUUGUGGAGAGGGAAGAAGAGGUUGCCUAGUAUUCAAAGAUGACAAUCAAAUCAAUCAAUUCUGUCUCGUACUUCAAAACUUGUUGAUAGUCGUUGACAGCAUUAGCUAAAGAUAACCUGGCAAUAUACCUCUUUAUUCUUUGUUC